AGGCCGUCUCCUAGUCUUCGCCCAUGCUGGGUGCCAUGUCUGCUCGCUAGGGCUGGGCGGUGGGCCUCUUACUACCUAACGACAGACCAUUUUGCCCGCGCAACGAGGCAUGCGAUGCGCCAUACGGAACCGACAUCCAGUCUCGCAGCGCCCCCGACCGUUGUCCGCGACCUAGACGAAGCGCAACGGCUACCUGCUGCAAGAGCUGGGCCGCCUGCCGUGUGUCAAUGAACAGCACAAGACACAGCAGCGGUCCGCAUCCAUGGACCAGCAGAGAAGGAACAGGAGGGAGGUGAGUGCGUCCGAGGCCGCACAGGGAGUCUUGCCGUACAACAACAAUGUCAACGUGAAUGCCCACGAGAGAGCCCGGGACGAGUACCGCAAGCAGCCCCAGACGAUACGCACCGUCACCCCCGACGACACGCCGACGCCGCAGCAGCAGCCCACGACGUCGUCCACGGCCACGACGACGAUACCCGAAGACGGCUACCCCAGCCAGACGACGUUCCAGUCCCCGCCCAACAGCCCCCGCUCCCACAACAGCCAGCUCUCCCAGCGCACCGGCAACCCGCGAGCCUACGUCGCCCGCGCAUCCAGCGACUCCGAGUACCGCAAUGCGCGCGAGCAGACACGGCCCCGGACCCGCACCCUCGAGGAGAGGAGCACCCGCGACCGCUCGCCCUCGAGCGUCUUUGGCACCGGCCGCCACCGCAUAGGCUCCGUCGCCAGCUCCCAGAGCAACUACCAGAGCCUCGAGGAGUCGGUCGUCACUUCCAUCGGCCACAUCUCCACCAUCUCCCCACCACCACAGCAGCAGCCGCCCCCACCCCGGACCUCGAGCACCAACAGCCGCAGCCGCCUCUCCAAGCAGCAGCAGCAACAGCAGGAACAGCAACGCCAGCAGCAGCAACAUCAACAACAGGCCCACCGCUCCACCUCGCCCGUCCUCUCCCCCUCCAAUGUGCCCCCCGAGUCGUGGGUGUCGCCCGUACCGGCCUCAGAUGCCAAGAAGCUCAAGGCCCUCAUGCGCUCGACCUGCGGCAAGAUGCAGGGUCUCUUGGCCUUCCGGAGGGGUGAGCAGAACCCCUGGGCGCUGUCGUACUGCUACAUCAACGACGAGGCUGGCAGUCUCGUCUACGAACCCAAGAACGACACGUCCUACACCCGCACCCUGAUACCCGACCUACGUGGCUGCCAUGUCAAGAGCGCAUACGACGGCGAGGCCUACACGGCAUACAUCCAUGUCGUUGUCCACAACUCCAAACUCGAGGUCCAUCUGCGUCCACCGACACAGGAAGAGUUUGACUCAUGGUUUGCCGCCUUGCUGUGCUGGUCGCCCAUGCGUCCAAAGGGCAUACAAAACAGAAUGGCCAAGCCCCAGGCACCCGUCAUGAUCGAGCGCCGCCUCCCAGACAGCAGGCGUCACUCCGAGGUGUCACUGCUCAAAGACUCGCCCAAGAAGGAAGCGCCCAUCAUCAAGGUUGGCAAGAUGAUAUACUGGGACACAAGUGUGACAUACAGCAACACAGGCACACCCAAAGGCACAGGUGCUGGCGGACGGCCCCAGGCUUACAGAGUCCAGAGCCACGGCUCGCGUCGCUGGCGAAGAGUGUCAUGCACACUCCGUGAAAAUGGAGAGCUCAAGCUCUACUCCGACACUGAUGUCACCCUAGUCUCUACCGUUCAGCUUUCCCAGCUUUCCCGAUGUGCCGUUCAACGAUUGGAUCCCUCCGUUUUGGAUAACGAGUUUUGCAUUGCCAUAUAUCCCCAGUACACCGCUGCUUCUUCUCCUGCAUUAACAAUCCUACGACCUAUAUUCCUAUCGCUAGAGUCACGAGUCCUGUACGAGGUUUGGAUAGUCCUCCUACGUGCUUUUACUGUUCCACAACUAUACGGCCCAAAGUCGGACGGCGCCAUGACCGACGAGGGCACUCUGUCGCCGUCUUUCGGCACCCAAGACAUGUUCCGCAUGGAGAAGUCAUUAUUCGUAAGAGUUAUCGAAGCAAAACUGAUUCCGCCUGUAAGCCCCAAGGUUGCUGAUAGCAAUGGGCAAACCCCGAUACGACCGUCCUCGUCCGCCACGACCAAUCCGGGUGGAUAUCUCGUCGAGGUACUAUUAGAUGGAGAGACGCGUUCGCGGACCAUGGUCAAAAACGAGGGCAACAAUCCUUUCUGGAGAGAGGAAUUCGAGUUUCUGGACUUGCCUGCUCUACACACCGCCUCACUGCUACUGAAAAAGCGACCGCCAAGCUACAACCGUACAGAAAAGAGCGGGUUUGAGGCAACCGCCUCCGAUCCAUAUGUCUCCGAGGGCGGAUACGCCGGUAUCUCCUUCGAUCAGACCAUAGGAAAGACGGAUAUCUACCUGGACGACCUCGGCCCGAACCAAGAGAUGGAAAAGUGGUGGCCGCUCAUCAACAUGUAUGGAAAUAGCGUCGGUGAGGUAUUGGUCAAAGUCAGCAGCGAGGAGUGUGCGAUCCUCAUGGCUCGUGACUACUACCCACUUUCCGAGCUUCUGCACCGGUUUUCCAACGGCAUAACACUCCAGAUUGCCCAGAUGAUCCCGAAUGAGCUUAGGAGAUUGUCUGAAUACCUACUGAACAUCUUCCAGGUGUCUGGAGCCGCUGGCGAGUGGAUAUGCGCGCUUGUUGAGGAAGAGAUCGAUGGCACAUUGAAAGAGUCACCUGCUAGCCGCUUGCGAUUCAGCAAGAGACUGGGAUCAAGUGAAUCCAACGAGUCCUCCUUGGCCAACCAAUUUGGUUCUGCAAGCGAUCGUGAGCUCUUCGUUCGAGACAUGGGCAACAAUGCCAAGCUAGAGGCCAACCUACUCUUCCGCGGCAACACUUUGCUUACCAAGUCCUUGGACCUGCACAUGAGGCGUCUUGGCAAAGAAUACCUAGAGGAAACGCUGAGCGAGAAACUGAGAGAGAUCAAUACCAAGGAUCCUGAUUGUGAGGUCGACCCGAACAAGGUGACCUCACCCCACGAAAUGGAGCGGAACUGGAGGCGGUUGAUCAACUGCACCGAGGAAGUCUGGCGAGCCAUAUACAACUCCGUGUCACGGUGCCCGCAAGAACUGAGGUUGAUCUUCAGACACAUUAGAGCGUGUGCCGACGAUCGGUACGGAGACUACUUACGGACGGUGCAGUACAGCAGUGUCUCUGGGUUCCUGUUCUUGCGUUUCUUCGUCCCAGCGGUGUUGAACCCGAAACUCUUCGGCCUUUUGAAAGAUCACCCCAAGGUCAAAGCUCGAAGAACCUUCACUCUCAUUGCAAAGUCUCUACAAGGUUUGGCAAACAUGUCUUCGUUCGGUACCAAAGAAGCAUGGAUGGAGCCUAUGAACACCUUCCUCACUUCACAUCGGCAAGAGUUCAAGAAGUAUCUGGACGACAUCUGCUCGAUAUCGACAACGUCGCAACCCGCACCGCCGAUACCACCCUCAUACAGUACCCCGAUCGCCAUUCUCCACCGACUGCCUCCGACAUUCAAAGAGGGAUUCCCGUCACUUCCUUACCUCAUCGACCAUUCGCGCAAUUUUGCAAUGCUCGUCAACCUCUGGUUAGACAACACCCAGAAAAGCGCGCCUGACAUUCAGGCUACUGACGGUGAUCUCCUUCGUUUCCACAACAUCUGCUUGUCUCUCAACGAGCGCACCAAGGACUGCCUGAAUCGCGCCGAACCCGCUGAACGGCCGUCAUCGUCACUCAGUGUCAAGUGGGAGGAGCUAGUCGAGCAGCUACAAGGUGCGCAGAUCGACACGUCUAGGGGUGCAGCAACGAGGAAUCGUGGGCCAAUACAGGAAGAAGAGAUCGAGGAUUCCCCAUUGUCUCCAAACAAUGGUGAUGUCGACUAUUCCUCCUCGUCUACCAGCACACCCAUAACAAUGCAACCGCCACCACGGACACGACAUCAGCAAAACUCGAGUAUCUCAGCUUCUCAAAGCUCUUUAAAGAGCAACAGUUCGGCCACAAUAUCUUACACGAAUCCAUUCGCCAAGAAGCAAUGGUCGGGUCAAUACACACCAACAGGAAACGAUUCGGUGAAUGUCUCACAGUCCGCAUCUGCAUCCGCAAGCGCAUCGGCAUCGGCAAACGAAGAUACGCCUCCAGGAUCCAGCGACGGUAUUCACAUGGCUCCCGCGCCCUCCUAUCCACAAGCCUUGACUACGACAACAACGACCACGAUCUCUACAUCCACAUCAACCCAGUCCUUCAACUACAGUAACCCCAAUGCCCACAUCAACCAACAACAGCGACCUGCCACUGUAUCCACGAAUUCCCUCGUCGGAAGACCACCUCGCUCAGCAGGCGGUCAGAGUAUGGAGGGCAGCGAAAAUGGCAGUAUCGCAGAAGAGGAAUAUACAACCGCGCUCCCUGCCUUCUCCGAAAAGGCAACGAAAGAGAAGAAGGAACGCGGCUUCCGAGGCGUCCUCCCCUUCCAGCGAAAAGGCAAGCGUAAAGACAAAGACAAGGAUAAAGAGGACAAGAAAGACAAGAAAGAGGACAAAGAGAACCGCAAAGACAAAGGCAAAGACAAGGAUCGUGACAGAGAACGGGAACGCAGCACCGAACGUGGGGCCAGCGCCUUGGGCCGAGAAGGCUAUGUUGACUUUGGUAGCGUACGAGGAAAAGGCCGUGACCGCGAUAGAGGAGGCGGAGAGGAACGUGACAAUCAUCGCGAUGACUCCGAGUUCUGACUACAUGGCUGGUUUACUGGAGGUGAUAGUCCGAGGACGCUGGCUAAGAGGGAGAUCAAGAGGAGGAAGAGUGCAGGGGAGCUUUUGGACAAGGCAAGUCCGACGUGACGAAUGUCAUUACAUUCUGCUAGGGAUGGACUUUUGUUUCUCUUUUUCGGACAGGCAAUUCAAAAAAGCUUGGUUACUCAAAAGCUGGAUGUUGAAAAGCUUGUUCCUACUACACGUGUAGCCAUUUUUCUUGGUGGCUAGAAGUCGGCAAAGCUUGCAUACACGGUGGCUGGUUUUGAUGCACGAUUUGAUGUGUUCUUUUUUUUUU